AUGGUAGUAGCCACCGUCAACCUCGGUGGCAGGCUUGCCCACAACCGUGCAGUCCGGACUAAACAGAAGCGAUUCAACCGACGGGAAUUGCAGUUCGAAGCAGCACGGUGUGCAGUGACUAAUCGGUUCCUCCUCAACCUCGACACACGACUGGACGAGCGAACAACCACCGCCGCGGAAUUGGCGACCGACUUUACCAAUGCUCUCCUCGACGCAGCGCGGACGACCCUGGGGGAGGAACCGCGGAGACGCCGCACGCAGGAGUGGUGUGAGACUCCAGAGACGCGAGCAGCGCUGGAGCAGGCCCUUACCAAACGUCGGGAAUCGCGCCGGGCGAUGAGGGGCAACUGGAACUCACCGACGUGGAGGGUUCUCAACGCAGCGUGUAAGGGAGUGGCUACAGCAGUCGAAACGGGCAUCUAUGCCCACCUGGACGGAUAUGUGACUGAGCUCGAAGAAAUCUACAAAGAUCGCGACAUGCGAGGACUGUACCAACGCCUCAAGAGAUCAGUCGGCCUCAGCGGGGACGACAUCCUCCAGCGGUGGGCGAGAUUCUUCAGCACCCUACUCAACACCAAAUCCCCCACCCUGAACCCAGACAUCAUCGAACGAGUGACGCAGCGGCCAGCGACACGUGACACUCAACGGUUGGGAGAUGUGCCAGAACUCGAGGAGGUGGCACGGGCAACGAAAGGCCUCAAGAACUGGAAGGCACCCGGCCAUGACUCCCUCCCUGCCGAGUUGCUCAAGAUCGAUGACGACGAACCCUUCGUCCUGGGACACCUCCAUACCAUCCUCGUCAAGGUGCUGAACGGAGGAGAUAUUCCGCGAGAGUCGAAGGAUGCCACCAUCAAGGUGCUGUACAAGAAUGGCUACCGGUCCAACUGAAACAACUACAGGGGGAUUUCGCUACUAUCUCACGUAGGCAAGGUCCCCAUCAAGAUCAUCACCAACCGUCUAAGCGCCUUCUGCGAAGCCAACAACAUCCUCCCGGAGGAACAGUGCAGAUUUCGACCCGGGCGAUCCACCGUC